GUUACCAUAGCUACGGUGCACGCAGCAGUCGGGCUUCCCGGCCGGUCCCCCGUAGGUCGGAGGACAGAGACUGCACCAUGAGCCACGUAGUGACCGUCGAGGAGCCCCGGACCAAGACGCAGGGGUCUCCGUCCCGGUGCAGGAAUAGGCUGCGGGCCGGGGCCCACACCUCCUCCAGUCGCACCUAUGAUUUCCUGUACGAUCCAUUGUUUAUUGUGUCAAGUGAGAAAGAUCACGCACAGGCCAAUAUCCAAGCCAACCUGAUUCGAAGCAGAAUGAGAAAAGUUCCCAAGUUUAGAACCAUGUUCAGUAGCCUGUUCCAUUAUCCAAGAUAUAGUCUGUAUUGGAGCAAGUCAGAUCCCAUCCCACCAUUCGUCAGUCGGGAGUGGAAGGGACAUGAGGAGAAACACCAAGAAGCUCUCCGGCAGCUCGCCACAACUGACACUUCUUUUCAGAUGCCUAAAGAAGUUUAUGAAGAUCCUGAAGUUACUGGAAAGAAUCGCUAUAAAUAUUUCGACAGGCCUUUUCUUCCAUUUCAUCAACAGAUGCCAUUCAACGUCCUUUUUGCUGUAACCAAGACAGAACCAUACAGUUUUCCUCCUGCUUCUACUAAGUGUCCACCCAUACCUUCAAAGUGUACCGUGGGCACCCAGACCGACUAUCGGGAUGCUGAUGUUCAGACAGAUCCGUACUCACCAGAAUAUGUCGUGUGUCAGGACUCCAUCCCUGAGCUCUUGACCCUGGCCACUCUCACCUGGGGCCGAGGUCUCCCGGCAGGACAAGCGGAGGUGGAGAUGAUAGAACGAGCCCGGGAGAAGCGUGCUUGGGAGGCCACCCUUCCCAAGCUGAGUGACACCUCCCAGUUUGAGAAGAGGAGGAAGAUGAUGAAUAUGAUGGAGAGGAUGGAGUGGGCCUUCAGAGAGCAGGAGAUUGAAAAGUAG